CCCUACGAUCGUAAACGCCGGCACCAGGAGGACUCCGGUUCCGAACCCAGCGACUACGAGGAGCAGAAGGAGGAGGAAGAAGCUCGGAAAGUCAAAAGCGGCAUCCGCCAGCUUCGCCUCUUCAGCGCCGAGGAGUGCGCCAAGAUCGAAGCUCGGAUCGAGGACGUGGUGUCCCGGGCGGAGAAGGGGCUCUACAAGGAGCACACGGUGGAUCGGGCGCCGCUGCGGAACAAGUAUUUUUUCGGGGAGGGCUACACCUACGGGUCUCAGCUGCAGAGACGAGGCCCCGGCCAGGAGCGCCUGUACCCGCGGGGGGAGGUGGAUGCCAUCCCCGAGUGGGUGCACGACCUGGUGAUCAGGAAGCUGGUGGAGCACCGGGUGAUUCCGGAGGGCUUUGUGAACAGUGCCGUCAUCAACGACUACCAGCCAGGGGGCUGCAUUGUCUCCCACGUGGACCCCAUCCAUAUCUUUGAGAGGCCCAUCGUCUCCGUCUCCUUCUUCAGCGACUCGGCGCUCUGCUUCGGGUGUAAAUUCCAGUUCAAGCCCAUCAGGGUCUCGGAGCCCGUUCUCUUCCUGCCGGUGAAGAGGGGAAGCGUCACGGUGCUCAGUGGAUAUGCAGCCGAUGAAAUCACACACUGUAUUCGACCACAGGACAUCAAGGAGAGGAGAGCUGUCAUCAUCCUUCGGAAAACAAGACUAGAUGCACCUCGAUUGGAAACAAAAUCCCUGAGUAGCUCUGUGUUACCACCAGGUUAUAACUCUGACCGUCUAGCGGGAAGCAACCGGGACCAGAUCCUGAAACCCAAGCGGUCCCAUCGCAAAGCGGAUCCCGAUGCUGCUCACAGGCCACGGAUUCUCGAAAUGGAUAAAGAGGAGAACAGGCGCUCAGUCCUCUUACCAAAACAUAGGAGACGGAGCAACUUCAGCUCCGAGAACUAUUGGCGAAGGUCUUACGAGUACACGGAGGACUGUGACGAGGAAGAGGAGGAUGGCAGCCCAGCCAGGAAAGUGAAAAUGAGGCGUCACUGAGGAUUGCACUUUCCAGGCUCAUGGAGCUGAUGAGAUUGGCCUCCAGUCUGUGAAAACUUUCUCCUCCCUCUGGCUAUCUUCCAUCUAGCUUCAAUUUUGGUUUUUCCUUUCAGGCUGAAGAGUAAACAGGAAAGAUCUAGCAAUUUGGUUUUAUGAAUGGAGGAAUGCUGAGAUUGUACGUAAGGAUGGAACGUGUCCAGCGCACGCGGUGUCCUGAGUCAUGGGUCAGACGGGCAUCUCUCCCUUAGGAAGCAGAUAAAAGUUAUGCCAGGCUGUCUGUUGGGAUUUCUUUUGAAAACACCAAAAAAGUUUAACUGUUUUGUUGCGCAAGGUUCAAGA